UAACCAUCAGCCCAUGUUGAGGGAGACAGUCAAGCUGUGCCACCGUCCACCUGGCUGCGUAAAUUUAACCCUGAGUCCUGCUUCUCAGCUCGCUCAUCCGAGACAUCUACUCAGGUAGGUGGCCCCCUCCGCUCCUCGGUCUCCCGUUGGUCUUAACAUUCUCAAGUGAACACCAGUGUGUAGUCUAACGCAUCUGGCGGACAAAAAUAUCUGGAUUAUGAAAGCACAUUUAUGCAUUUGAGACUUUUACUGUUGAGGGUUAAAUAACACCUCAUGCCAUUUACUGCUUGAUUUACUGUGACUUGUAGAGAUAUGAGAGGUGAGGACUUUGCUUUGGGGUGAUAGAAAUUCUGCUUCCUUCUCAAUGAAAUGGACACUUUCUCUUCAAUAUUUCGUUCAGAUUUUUAUUAUUUUUUCAUCAUUUUGAAAUGUUUUAUUUUUAUUUAGAGUUUGGCUACAGGUCUAUAGCAAUGAGUGAUCAAAUGAACUUGGAUCAGCUGUUCCUGACUCUCAUGCUUUUAUUAAAUGUCUUGGAGUUAAAUCAGUUUAAAAUUAAUCAAAUUAAAUAUCUCAUCCUGUUUAUGUUAAAUGUUAUGUACAGUAUAUGUAUUAAUAGGAAUAACUGUAUUAAAUUCAUACCCAUUUACCUUUCAAUUAGGACAAGAAUUAAACCUCUAGGUUAAUUACACACAUUUCUUUUUGAAGCUUGUGUCUGAGAAUUAGAUUACUUUAAAAUGAUUCAAUCUAAAUGUAAAUGUGAUUACUGUCACCUGUUUUAAUCUUUUGAUUUCUCAGUACAGUAUUCUUUGACCGACUCUCCACAACAUGCUGCUGCACUCUUCCGUGUUUUUACAUUUGUCGCAUUUCUCAUCUAACAGAUUUCUAUUAAUCAGAUGAGAUUAGGGUCGUGUUGUAUCAGUGGCGCUGGAUAUAUUUAGCAUUACAAUAAUGCUGUCUAUCAGAUUUUCUCACAAGUUAUCGGACACUAUGAGCCUCUUCUCUUUCCUCUUCUCUUUCCUCUAAAGAUAUGGAGCUAGAGUGGCCUUGUCUGUUAUUGCAGUUCCCGUAAUAACUGCUCCACCAUCCUGAGCUAUCACAGUUGAUAUGUUAUUUAUUAAUUAUUAUUAUUAUUAUAAUUAUAUUGAUAAUUUUUUAUUUUGUAAAGGACACUAAAUGUGCUUUUCAUGCUUUAUUUCCUCACCACAAGGUCUAAAAAUUGUAUUACAAUCACUUUUUCUUGAAAAAGUGAAUAUUGGCUUAAAAACACCCACACAAACACACACGCAUGCGCACACACACACUAGAACAAUAAGUUAAUUAGGAACCGCACACAAAUCGCAAAAAUAUAGGACACUGGUGGGAAAACGUCACAUGAUCUCCCAAGUGUGACAGAGGUUGCCAGCAACACUCUCACUUAGGAGAAUCUUCCUGCACACACAACAUCCAGGUGUUUUUUUAAUUUCAUUUUAUUUUUAGCCGGAGUGUCGUUCUGUUUGUCCACUCUGCAGAGCCUCCCUGAGGGUGUAUAUUUUUUGCAUUCCUCUAACUGACACACCUACUGUAGAAAGGCCACUUAGUAGCUGUUUGCAUCACUACAUUUAUACACCCAUUUAUUUUUAGUUUUUACUUUCAGCCACAGUCAAAUGAGGAUCCUAGAAAAGGAAGUUUGAAGAAACCUGUUGUCGAGAGAUCUUGUCCUUGACACUGGUUGUUAUGAAGUGAAGAGCUUGUUGAUAAUGUAUCUGCUUCAAUCAAAGUUCCUGUAAAUCUGUUACUUACUGCGGUCUGUUCCUUUCCACUGUGGCCAAAAAUAUAAAAUCUGAAUUCACAUUUCAGUUUAAGAAAAAUGAGCCUGAGAAGACGCAUUUGACAGAAAAAGUCCUCUUGAUUUCUUACGUCCAUACCAUGGUCUUGCUUCAGAGUCUUUCCCUGUCAGCAUGGAGGAUUCCUCAGAGCAGUCCCACUGGGUGUCUCCAGCUCUGCUCGGCUCAGAUCCUCUCGCCGGAUUCUCCUCCGAGCCCGGUCUGCUGCCCCCAGGGGAAGAGGGUGAGGCCUUCUUCUCCAGCCAGGACACGGACUACACCGGCCUGUCCUCUUUCUUCUCCAACCCAAGCCACAGCCGAGCGCCAUCCACCUACAGACACAGCUCGGUUCGACAGGUAUUCACCUCACCCAGCCUCCUCAGUAACUUCCAGCUGCUGGACGGGCCUGCCAGCCACUCCCUUGGCUCACCCUACAACCCCCCAGCCUCCACCUGGAGCACCAGUCCUCUCACCAAGACCCCGCUGCACUCACAAACCCCAACUUCCCUCUACACUCCCGGAGUAACCUCCUCCUUCAUCACCUCCAGAGAUGGAUACUCUUCUCCAGGCAGAGAGGGCAGGGAGAGUCCUCGGCUGCAGGAGGCCCUAAAGGCUGAGCGCCUGAGCCCUCUGGGGGGUUCGGGGGCCAGCAGCAGCUUUCUGAAUCUGACCCCUGCCGGGGGUGUGUACACACCGUCGUCCCACUCUCACCCGCACAUGCUGAGCCCCUACAGCUCGUACAUGACCAGUCCGCAGGAGUACAGCUCUGCUGCAAUAUACUCCAGCCCCGGGGCUUGGAUCAGCCCCUCGUACUCUCCUAAACUCCGCAACAAGAUGAGGAUAUCCACUCCAGAGGCCAGAGAGUGUGUCAACUGUGGAGCCACAGCUACCCCCCUGUGGCGUCGGGAUGGUACAGGCCACUACCUGUGCAAUGCCUGUGGACUGUACCAUAAAAUGAAUGGCCAAAAUAGACCUUUAAUCCGGCCCAAGAAAAGACUGAUUGUCAGCAAGCGGGCAGGUACAAUGUGUGCCAACUGUCACACAAGCACAACAACCCUGUGGAGACGCAAUGCCAAUGGAGAGCCCGUGUGUAACGCCUGUGGGCUCUACUUUAAACUGCACAAUGUCAAUCGGCCCCUCACCAUGAAGAAGGAUGGCAUUCAAACGCGCAACAGAAAGGUCUCCAACAAGAACAAGAAGAGCAAGAAGGUGGCCAUGUUGGAGCAGUACUCGGAGGUAACUCAGCCGUCCUCUCUGGACGACAACGGUGGGCCCUUUUCCCUCGGCCACGGGACUCUCCUGACCUACAGCCACGCACCGCACCUCAUCCCAGCGCCCUCAACUCUGCACCCCUCUGCCUCCUUACCCUACACACACCACCUCAACGCUGGCAUGGUGCCCACACUAGUGUGAAACGACAAAAUGGCCACCAUUGUAUAUUCGGGAAUCAGCACACUUGCUUGCUUGCCACUUAUUUUUGUGGAUUUGUACAUAUGUGUUUCUACGCUGGAUGUCCUCUGAAUGGAGUUUUCUUUUUAUUCUCACUGUAUUUUAUUAGAAAACAAAAUUCUGUUGAUAUUAUCUUAAUCGGGCCCUAGUUUGAAGUCAGAUAAAAUCGCUUUGCUGGGGAUGCUGCACGCACUGAUAAGGAAAUUCUUUCUGCUGUAAAUACAAACACAAAUCUGAUUUGACAACCAUAUCUGUGCCUCUUCUUAUUCAUAAUGUGAAAUUAUUCUUUAGUUUCUUAUUUCAUGGGUCUGUUUUGUAUUUGCAUAAUUGAUAUUGCCAUAUCGAACUCUGCAGAGAAAAUAAUAAAUGUGUGACUUAUUCUGCUGGAGUUAUGAAGGCUUUUGUUCUUAAAGUCAUUUGAAUUCUCAGUUCAUCAGCUCGGCUCAGUGAACUGACUGCAGCAAAGCCUCGUGUGUGCUGGUAUUGUACUCCCCUGCUUAGGUAUAAUAGCUCCUUUGUACAGGCAGAGCUCCACUUUGACAGUGUAAUUGUGCAUAGGGGGUAUGCAAAUCCUCCAUUCUGCAGAAGUGACAAAUAUUCACGUAAAGUGCAACACUUAGGCCUGGUUUUAUAUUUAGACCAGUGCUGUCAGUUGGUGACCAAUUAGGCUCCAACUUCAAAUGGACACACAAUGUCAUGUUUGUGUUUGUUUUUUGGUCAUCGGUGUUUGUAUGCUCAUAAAGGGGGGGCUCCGAUGCAUAAAAUUUCUACGCUCAUGUCAUGCUUGAAUGCAAAGGUCAGAGGCUUUCUGGAAGUGGGUUUAUAAUGACAAGUCACAACAUAUUUCAUGACACCAUAGCUCUUUACAAGGUGGUCUGUUUCUUCCCAAAGACAGAAACCAGAAAGCUGUAGACUCAAAGCGGCUAAAUUAUAUCAGAAGCCUCUAACUGCCCUGAGGUGAACUGUGUUUAUGUCAUUGUUCUGUUUGCUGCCCACAAUAAGCAUUCGGAUCCUUUACUGGAAUGAAAGUAGCAAUACCAUAAUGUAAAAACACUCCAUUAAAAGUAAAAGUCCUACAUUUGAAAAUCUUACUUUACUGAAUGUAUGAUAGUAUAAUCAAAAGUUACUUAAAGAGUCAAAAUAAAAUAAAUGUGUUUAUUACGCGGCAGAAUAGCCCCUGACAAAUAUAUAAACACGAGACACAAUUUACUUUUGUAGCCUGUCAAAUUGCAUUUUGGUCUGUAAUAUGCAUCAUGUUCGUAUAACUGCAAAUAAGUAUUUGUAUAAAAUCUUAAUCUGGCAAGAGACAAUAGCUGACAAAUAAACAGAGUUUGGUACUGUAUUCUCCUAUAAAACGAAGUGGAUUAGAAGUAUAAAAUAAAGGAAAAUGAGAUAUACAACUAAAGUACAAGUACGUCAAAAUUAUACGGACUUAUCAUGCAAUUUUGUGGUGAUUUUAGUGAUACUUUUACUUCUUUGCCUUAAUUUUCAGACAUGUUGGACUACUGUGAUUGUUUAAAUCCAGCUCUGUGAAGUAGAUAUAAGUGUUUCUUAUUGAUCAAACGUAUGGCCAUGUCUUCAUCGCUGAUUAGUUUAGACCUUAUUAGGGAAAGUUCUUUGACAGAACUCGCAGCAAAAGGAAACUGAGGAUCCUUACAAAGAAAAAAAUCAAAUGCGUUAUCCUUCAAGUGCCAUUUCCUUGGCAUUUUGUUUAAAAUGCCGUGCAGUAAACACAGCAAAGCGGUACAUAUGUGUAGUGUAUUUUUUUUAUGGUAGGCAGCAGGGCAGGGGUAGCUCACUCGGGACUGGGGGAUGACUGAUAAGUUAUCAUUGAGGCCACAGACACCAAACCAUCCACCUGCUGCUGGCUCCGCCACUCUCACACUCCCUGUCAGUUAGUCAGAGGGGGGCCCCGAAUGCACUUUAGAUAUUUAGACAUGACACUCAGAGGAGUUAUGAUAAACAAAUAAAUAUAUCGGUGCUAUCAUCUGAAGGCCAAUAAUGGCCGUAUGUUCGCACAAAGGUUGAGUUUACUGAUACUUUCAAAAAUCAGUGUGUCAUGUUUAGGCUGAAUGAAUCCAUCUAGGUUUCAUAAUCUGUGGCCGCACACACAGCGCCACUCGAGACAAAUCUAUAAAUGGUCACUUGCAUCGCUGUGUGUGUUUUCAUAGCCGAUUUGUACACGCUUCGGUGCAGACGUCAACGAGAUAUAAGACCUUCAUUUAUGCACAUGGUUUCAGCUACAUGAGCACAGCCCUGUGAACAUCUGGGUACAGCAACCACUCAGGACACCAUAUGACACCCACACACACACAUACACUUCUGAGGUGAUUGGUGAUAAACCAGCUCUGAGGAAGAAAUUUUGAUUAUAACCAUUUUGUCGAGUUGCAAAUGGCUGAGUAGAAAAAAGCCAUAAAAAUUGCUUAUAUAUUCCUUCUUAGUCUCUCUUCUCUUAUCUCACCAGCAAUCAGCCAUUGUUACGCGUAAUACCUUGUGAUUCCCCAAGGACCUUGAUGAUGGGAAUUUAAUGUAUUGAUGCCCUGUGAAGUAACAUAGUGAGACGAGGGGUUUUUCUAUCAUAAUCCAUGUACCAUAUCUACUCAAAGUUUACCAUAAAUCACACUUAAGCAGAGAAACCCCAUCAUUUCCCUCUGUAACAAUUAGCAGAAUCAGUAAAAGUCAUCCUGAGACAAGCAAAAUGAGUGUUAAAAA